AUGUACACCGAAACGUGCACCAACUUAGACGUGGAAUUUAAUGUAAAACCUUAUAACGAAAUCCCAGGACCAAAGCCUAUUCCGAUAUUAGGAAACACAUGGAGAAUGUUGCCAUUGAUCGGACAAUAUGAAAUUUCUGAUACCGCUAAAAUAAGUCAAUUGUUUUACGAGGAAUAUGGAAAAAUCGUUCGUUUGAGUGGUUUAAUCGGUCGACCUGAUUUACUUUUUGUUUAUGACGCUGACGAAAUAGAAAAGGUUUAUCGUCAGGAAGGGCCAACCCCUUUCAGACCAUCGAUGCCAUGUUUGGUUCAUUAUAAAAGCAUUAUUCGUAAAGAUUUCUUCGAAGACAUAGGCGGUGUUGUCGGAGUACACGGUGAACCAUGGAGAAAAUUUCGUACGCGUAUACAGAAACCAGUUUUACAACCGCAAAUUGUAAAGAAGUACAUAACACCUAUAGAAACUGUCACGAGUGAUUUCAUAACAAGGAUAGAAGAAAUUCAAAAAGAAAACGGAGAAUUGCCGGGAGAUUUUGAUAACGAAAUACACAAAUGGGCUCUUGAAUGUAUAGGAUUGGUAGCUUUGGACGUACGAUUAGGGUGUUUAGGUGAAUCGCUUGAACCAGAUUCAGAACCACAGAAAAUUAUCGAUGCUGCUAAAUUUGCUUUGAGAAACGUAGCAGUUCUUGAAUUGAAAGCUCCUUUUUGGAGAUACAUACCAACUCCACUUUGGACACGAUAUGUUCGUAAUAUGAAUUAUUUUAUCGAAGUAUGCACGAAAUACAUCGAUGCUGCUAUGGAAAGAUUAAAGGAAAAAAAAUCUACGAAGGAGGAAGAUCUUUCGAUGGUGGAAAGAAUUUUAGCGACCAAUGCUAAUCCGAAAUUAGCUUACAUUCUUGCGUUGGAUUUAAUUUUAGUCGGCAUUGAUACGAUAUCAAUGGCGGUAUGCUCGAUAUUAUAUCAAUUGGCGACAAGACAAGAAGAACAAGAAAAAGUUUAUCAAGAAUUACUUCAAAUUCUUCCUGAUCCGAAUACUCCUCUUACUGUGUCGCAUCUCGAUCAAGCUAUUUACACUAAAGCUUUUAUUCGUGAAGUUUUUAGGAUGUAUUCAACUGUUAUUGGCAAUGGUAGAACGUUACAAAACGAUAGCAUAAUUUGUGGUUACAAAGUGCCUAAAGGAGUCCAAGUUGUAUUUCCAACAGUUGUAACUGGAAACAUGGAGGAAUAUGUCGAGGAUGCAAAAACAUUUAAACCAUCUAGAUGGCUUAAAACUUCCGUUGAUCAAAAGUUUCAUCCGUUUGCGUCAUUGCCAUAUGGAUAUGGUGCACGCAUGUGUCUUGGUAGAAGAUUCGCUGAUCUUGAAAUGCAAGUACUACUCGCUAAACUGAUACGAUCGUACAAGUUGGAAUACCACCACCAACCAUUGAAAUACAAAGUUACGUUCAUGUAUGCACCAGACGGAGAACUCAAAUUCAAAUGCAUUAAAAGAUAAUAAUUAAUAUAUCCAAUAAUUACCGAUUACAUAAAUAAUAUAAACGAUAAAAUCAAAAGAUUGUAAUAAUACUUAUAUAUAAAAAAAAAAAGAAAA